ACUGCAGCUGCGGUGUUGUGCUGUGGGGAAGGGAGAAGGAUUUGUAAACCCUGGAGUGAGGUUCUGCUUACCCGAGGCCGCUGCUGUGCGGAGACCCCCGGGUGAAGCCACUGUCAUCAUGUCUGACCAGGAGGCAAAACCUUCAACUGAGGACUUGGGGGAUAAGAAGGAAGGUGAAUAUAUUAAACUCAAAGUCAUUGGACAGGAUAGCAGUGAGAUUCACUUCAAAGUGAAAAUGACAACACAUCUCAAGAAACUCAAAGAAUCAUACUGUCAAAGACAGGGCGUUCCAAUGAAUUCACUCAGGUUUCUCUUUGAGGGUCAGAGAAUUGCUGAUAAUCAUACUCCAAAAGAACUGGGAAUGGAGGAAGAAGAUGUGAUUGAAGUUUACCAGGAACAAAUGGGGGGUCAUUCAACAGUUUAGAUAUUCUUUUUAUUUUUUUUCUUUUCCCUCAAUCCUUUCUCAUUUUUAAAAAUAGUUCUUUUGUAAUGUGUUAAAAACGGAAUUGAAAACUGGCACCCCAUCUCUUUGAAACAUCUGGUAAUCUGAAUUCUAGUGCUCAUUAUUCAUUAUUGUUUAUUUUCAUUGUGCUGAUUUUUGGUGAUCAAGCCUCAGUCCCCUUCAUAUUACCCUCUCCUUUUUAAAAAUUACGUAUGCACAGAGAGCCCACCUUUUUCAGGACAUUGCAUUUUCAGGCUUGUGGUGAUAAAUAAGAUUGACCAAUGCAAGCAUUCAUAAUAACUUGCCAAUUGGCCCUGAUGUUCUAGGAUGUGAUUACUUCACUCCUGGACUGUGACUUUCAGUGGGAGAUGGAAGUUUUUCAGAGAACUGAAACUGUGGAAAAAUGACCUUUCCUUAACUUCAAGCUACUUUUAAAAUUUGAGGGUCUGGACCAAAAGAAGAGGAAUAUCGGGUUGAAGUCAAGAUGACAGAUAAGGUGAGAGUAAUGACUAACUCCAAAGAUGGCUUCAUUGAAGAAAAGGCAUUUUAAGAUUUUUUUAAAAUCUUGUCAGAAGAUCCCAGAAAAGUUCUAAUUUUCAUUAGCAAUUAAUAAAGCUAUACAUGCAGAAAUGAAUACAACAGAACACUGCUCUUUUUGAUUUUAUUUGUACUUUUUGGCCUGAAAUAUGGGUUUUAAAUGGACAUUGUACCAGCUUCAUUAAAAUAAACAAUAUUUGUAAAAAAAAAAAAAAACAAAAAAACCCACUAAUGUGCAAAAAGAAAACUUUUCAAGAUAUAAAACCCAAGAUGUAAAAUUAAGUUCAUAGACAAACCCAGAAGACUAUAUUACUAUAAUGGUGGUACGCAAUCCACUUAUAACUUUACUAUGAAGCCCAAAAGACAAAUCUAUCAAAAGCAAUAAUAGCUAUAGCAACAUGUUAAAGAGAUAGUCAAAAAGGCAGGAACAGAAAUGGAGUUAAACGUAUAAUUUCUGAGUGUGUUUUAGCCUUUGUUUUUGUUCUUGUGUUUGUGAUAUAAGAUAAGCUGUCAUCUCUUUAAAAUACCUUAUUCUAUCUAUAAGAUUUUUUUUUGUGAAUCUCAUGGUAAUUACAGCACAAAAACUAUUAAUAUAUACUCACUAAAAAUAAAAAGCAUCAAAUUAAGACAUAUUACCAAAGAAAAUCACUUAACCACAAAAGAAGACAGUAAGAAAAGGAAGAGAGAAGCCUCAAAACAAAAACAAAAACAAAAACAAAAACAAAACAAAACCAGAAAACAAGCAAAAAACAGCAGUAAUAAGUCCUUGCUUAUGAAUAAUAUCACUGAAUGUAAAUGCUCUCAAUUCUUCAAUUAAAAGGCAUACAGUGGCUAAACGGAUAAAGAGAGAAGACCUAACUAUAUGCUGCCCUCAAGAAACCCAUUUACCUAUACAGACACACAUAGACUGAAAACGAAGGAGUGGGAGAUAUUCCAUGAAACUGGAAACCAGAAAAGAGCAGGCGUAGCUAUACUUACAUCAGAUAAAACAGACUACCAAACCUAAGAUUGUAAAAAGAGACAAAGAAGGUCACUAUAUAAUGAUAAAGGGGUCAAUUCAGCAAGAGGAAAUAACAAUUAUAAGUAUCUGUGCACCCAACACCAAAGCUCCCAAGUAUAUAAAGCAAACACUAAUAGAUCCAAAAGGAGAGGUAGACUACAAUAUGAUAAUAGUAGGAGAGCUAAUACCCCACUCUCAAAAACAGACAGAUCAUCCAUACAGUAAAUCAACAAAGAAACAGUGGAGUUAAACUACAUACUAGAUCUAAUAGGCCUAACUACAAUUUACAGAACAUUUCACCCAACAGCUACAGAAUAUUCUUUUCAUCAGCACAUGGAACACUCUCCAGAAUAAACUAUACUUUAGGCCACAAAACAAGCUUGAAAAAAUUGUAAAAAAUAGAAAUUAUAUUAAGUAUCUUUUCUGAACACAAUAGAACUAGAAAUCAAUAACAAGAGGAACCUCAGAAAAUACAAACACAUGUAAGUUAAACAACAUGUUCCUGAAAGACUAAUGGAUCAAUGAAGAAAUUAAGAAGGAAAUUUAAAAAUUGCUUGAAAUGAAUGAAAAUGGCAAUACAAUGUAACAAAAUUUAUGGGAUAUGACAAAAGCAGUACUAAGAAUGAAGUUUAUAACAUAAACACCUAUGUCAAAAAAAAAAAAAAAAAAAAAGGAAAGACUCCAAAUGAACAAUCUAAUGAUGCACCUCAAGGACCUAGAAAAUAAAAAACAAGCCAAACCCUAAAUUAGUAGAAGAAAAGAAACAAUAAAGAUCAGAGCAGAAAUAAAAUUGAGACUAAAAAAAAUACAGACUAUCAAUGAAACGAAACACUUGCUUUUUGAAAAGAUAGUAUCAACAAACUGUUAGCUAGACCAACUAAGGAAAAAGGAGAGAAGAUCCAAAUAAAUAAAAUCAGAAAUAAGAAAGGAAACAUAACAACUGAGACCUCAGAAAUACAAAGAAUCAUUAGAAACUAUUACGAGAAUGACAUGCCAACAUACUAGAAAACUUACAAGAAAUGGAUAUAUUCCUAGACACAUACAACCUACAAAGAUUGAACCAUGAGGCCAGGGAUGGUGGCCCACGCCUAUAAUCCCAGCACUUUGGGAGGUGGAGACAGGUGGAUCACUUGAGGUCAGGAGUUCAAGACCAGCCUGGACAACAUGGCAAAACCCUGUCUCUACUAAAAACAUAAAAAUUAGCUGGGUAUGGUGGCACAGCCUGUAGUCCCAGCUACUUGGGAGGCUGAGGCAGGAGAAUUGUUUGAACCCAGGAGGUGGAGGCUGCAGUGAGCUAAGAUUGCCCUGCUGCACUCCAGCCUAGGCAACACAGCGAGACUCCAACUCAAACAAAAAAAAAAAAAAAAGAUUGAACCACGAUAAAAUAGAAAAACGUCUAAAAACCAGUGCCUAGAUCAAAGCCUUAAUAAAAAUUCUCCCAUCAAAGAAAAGCCCAGGACCUGACUGCUUUACUGCUGAAUUCUACCAAACAUUUAAAGAAUUAAUGCCAAUCCUAUUCAAACUCUUAAAAAAAAAAAAAAAAAGGAAGAGGAGGGAAUAUUUUCAAACUCGUUCUAUGAGGCCAGCAUUACUCUGAUAACAAAACCAGGCAAGGACACCACAAAAAGAGAAAACUACAGGCCGAUAUCACUGAUGAACAUAGAUGCAAAAAUCCUCAACAAAAUAUUAGCAAACCAAAUUCAAUGGUAUACUGAUAAGAUCAUUUACUAAGAUCAAGUGGGAUUCAUUUCAGGGAUGCAAGAAUGGUUCAAUAUACAUCAAUAAACAUGAUAUAUCACAUUAACAAAAUCAAAAACAAAAACCAUAUGAUAGUUAAACAGAUGCUGAAAAAACAUUGGAUAAAAUUCAACAUCCCUUUAUAACAGAAGUUAUUAUCAACAUGGGUAGAGAAAGAGCAUACCUCAAAAUAAUAAAGGCCAUAUAUGAUAAACUUACAACUAAUAUUAUACUUAAUGGGAAAAAAUUGAAGGCCUUUUCUCUACAGACCAGAAGGCAAGGAUGCCCACUUUUACCACUUUUAUUCAACAAAACACUAGAAGUCCUGGCCAGGUCAAAUAGGUAUGAGAAACAAAUAAAGGACAACCAAAUUAGAAAAAUUACCCUUGUUCACAGAUGACAUUAUCAUAUACUUAGAAAAACCUAAGACUCAACCAAAAUGAUAAAUUCAGUCCAGCUGCGGGAUACAAAAUCAACAUACAAAAAUCAGUAGCAUGACCAGGUGCAGUGGCUCAUGCCUAUAAACCCAGCACUUUGGGAGGCCAAGGUGGGCGGAUCACUUGAGGUCAAGAGUUCGAGACCAGCUUGGCCAACAUGGUGAAACCUCAUCUCUAAAAAAAGUACAAAAAUUAGCCAGGUGUGGUGGUGUGCACCUGUAGUCCCAGCUACUCGAGAGGCUGAAGUAUGAGAAUCACUUGAACCUGGGAGGGGGAGGUUUCAGUAAGCCAAGAUCGAGCCACUGUACUCCAGCCUGGGCAACAGAGCGAGAUCCUGUCUCAAAAUAUCAGUAGCAUUUAUAUAUGCCAAUAGUGAAUAAUCUGAAAAA